CCGUCUUGUUUUGUGUCUUGUCACCGUUUGCGUCAGCUCGACGACUUUCGUUUUGCACCGGUCGAUCUUUGCUCUAGAGACGUCGACCAGCCCUCUCGUUGUAUAUCAGAGCAACCCCUCUGCCUAACGGAAUCCCCCCACCGAUAAACAAAAGAAACAGAAAACCAGAAAUCGAGACAGCAUGGGUGUCGGUCGAUUUUUCUGUGUGGCUUUGCCACUGAUCCUCACAAUUGCCUCCAUCGGCACUCUGCUCUAUGCAGUUCUUGCCGGUGUUGCCCACGAGAACGUCAAGCUCAUCCAGGUGGACCUCAGCAACCUGAGCGUCAGCCCGCUGACCUUGAAGUCUCUCACCUCGCGAGCCGAAUUCAACAUGAAGGCGACCCAGACGGAUAACAUCACUGCCGAAGCCCUUGGCCUCCACAAGUACUAUGACCUCACGCUUUGGGGAUCUUGCUCCUCCGAUGACAACAAGAAGUGGACUUGCUCCAAGGCUCAAUUCGACUGGGCCAGCAAGCAGAUCAACGUUGAUGACAUCAAGGAGGGCAGCACCACCAUCCAGCUGCCCAAGGAUGUCAAGGACGCCCUCAAGGUCUUCCAGAAGCUUAUCAAGUGGUCCGAGGUUGCCUUUAUCAUCUCCCUCGUUGCUCUUGGCCUGGAGCUUCUCAUUGGCAUAUUUUCAAACUUCUCUCGGGCCGUCUCCUGCCUGACGUGGUUUGAAUCUGUUAUUACCACCAUCCUCGUCAUCAUUGCUUGCUCCCUCUCCACUGCUACCGUUGGCAUCAUUGCCGGUGUUGUCCAGGGCUCCAAGUCGCUCUAUGGUGCCAAGGUUCACCUUGAUGGCCGCUUCCUUGCCAUCAUCUGGAUUGGCGCUGCCUUCUGCCUUGGUGCCAGUCUCUUCUGGAUCUUUACCAUCUGCUGCUGCAAGCCCGAGAAGCGCCAGAAGAGCCACCACCACUCCAGCGAUGGCGAGAAGCUGCUGCCUGCUGGCGGAUUUGGAUCCCGUGGAUAUGCUCCCCUGGGCGAGCAGACCGGCUACACUUCCUCUGCUCCUCGCUUUGCCGCCGGCUCUGGCCGAUCCGACCUUGCCUACGAGCCCUACUCUCACCGUGCCUAAAUGGAUGGUGACUCGACCUGGUAAUAAAAAAUGGGCUAGAAGGCACCGACCACUUGUGGUACAUCUGAAUACAUGAACGACCGAAGAAGUACUUGGGUGCUUAUUGUGAUGCGUUUUUAUACAUUCCUUUGCGCGGCGUUUGGUAAAUUUUGAGUAUGGGAUGGAUACGGGGUGGCACAGUUAGUUGUUGGCAGUUGGGAUACCCAAGAUGGUGGGAACAAUCUGUAUAUAGAGUAUGGAGGAUACAUUUAUGAAUGAACGACAAGAAAAUUUAAAAACCACAUUUUAUCGCAG